CAAGCAACCACUCAAUUCAUCGCCAAGCUAGCUUGAAACCCUUAACUAGGUACCAUCAACUAUUCCGAUAUUUGUCGCCCUUCACAACGUCGUGUCAACUGCCGAUUCAUAUACCAACGCGAUAAUGGCGCAGCAACUCGAGAAUCAUGCUCUCAACUUUCAUGAAGAAAACUUUUCAUGCAAGAGAAUGACAGCGACCUUGCUUCUUUUUCACCGAGAUGCAAUGCGGCGUUCUGAUACAUAUCAUAGCAUGAUACAGACAAUCCUUGCGUCCGGGCACGUUGAUGUUUAUAUCCGCGAGCACCUCGAACACCAUUUGGCGAGAGUGAUUUCGACAUUCGAUCAGAGGUUCGGCACGCAUCGUACGAGGAUAGAGAUAUCUCGCAGCGUUAUUGAGGCCCAGGCUUGCAUGGUUCCCCAAACUCAGCGUUCCAAGGUUAUCGAAAUAUUAGCCAUCAGUUACCUUAUUCACGGCGUUCGCAAAGCCUUACGAUUUGCUACACAGGAGAACCCACUUAGGGCUCCAGGACACCAUCAAACAGAAGACGACAGACUCUUUAUAGAGAGAGAUGAAUUUGUGUUGCGGGAGGAGCGAGAUAGCACCAUACUCUCACAACCUGAUGGAGAAGAUGUAUUGGGAAGCUCGUCUGCAGACACGAUUGGCCGCAUCUGUGGAGAGAUUCGAGAGCACCGUAUAUUCUUAUGAUUAGUCGAAGCCAUUUGGUACCGAUGAAGUAAGUUAUUCAGAGCCAGCCUUCAGCAUCAUCAAAUCGAAUACAACAUAUUCUGAUUCUAACUGAUCGCAUUUGGU